UAUGACCCUACUACUCGGAUCAUAUUCGCAAUUGAUGUAGUCCAGAAGGUGAUAUAUGGGAUAAAACUAAGCAAGUGGUAUACUUUUCACAGUGAGGUUGAUUAUGACUGGUAUGGAGGGAAGUUGAAGGUCGCACAACGCUCUUCUCUGUAUAUUAUUUGCUUCAGACUGAUAUUUAAGGAAAUUAUAUUUCAUUAUGAUGAUUUAAACCAUAAGAAUAUUUCUGAAACUAUUUCUGUGUUUGCUAACAAAACAUUGUUUUUGAUAAUGGAUGUGACCGCACCAUCACAGCUUGAAGUGAAUUCGGAUGAGGAAAGUGCUACUAGUAGAUACAUAGUGGUGAUCAUCGAUGUCGUACUCAUGGUCAUCAUCGUCGCAUCCAUUGCCGGGAAUCUAUUAGUAUGUUUAUCUGUUGGAUUGGAUCCUGUAUUACGUAAACCAAGUAAUGUAUUUGUAGCGUCAUUAGCAGUAGCUGAUCUGUUGGUUGCCGUUCUAGUCAUGCCUUUCUCCCUCUCCACCAACUUUGUCCAUAAGGGUAUCUUCACUCCUAUCUUUUGCAAGGCAUGGAUAUCUUUCGACGUCACAUUUUGUUCGACAUCUGUGAUCCACCUUUGUAUGAUUAGUGUUGAUAGAUACUUUCAUAUCAAGGAACCGUUCAAAUACAAGCGAUGGAUGACCAACAAACGCGCUCUGUUGAUCAGUAUCAUGGUCUGGAUCAUCAAAUCCCUCUCUGCAUUCCUACCAAUAUUCUUAGGUCUCUUCCACGGUGAAGAAUCGGUUGAGGAUGCCUCGAAUGCUACAGAUGCGUACGGUGACGGAUUGGAGAGUGCUGGGGGAUGGCAUCUCUCGGGAUCCAUCUUCUGUGAUAAUGCUUUCAAUCAAACGUACAUCAUUAUCACAACACUCGUUGAUUUCUUCAUCCCAAGUUCGAUUCUUCUCUUCGUUUACGCGAGGAUAUAUCAUCUUAUUCAAACGCGCAACAAGAACCUGCGUCAGGGUUUUUUAGCAGAAGGUAAAUCGGGUGAUGAGAACAACGCAAAAUCAACCGAUUUUCGGGUCAACAAUCAGCAUCGUUCUCACCACAAAGCCGCCCUCAUGCUCGGUACCAUCAUUGGUCUUUUCUUGAUCUGCUGGACACCAUUCUUCCUCAACCUUUUUACAUGCUCAUUUCGACAGUGUGUCUCUUUUUCCUCGAAGACAGAUGAAGUAUUAACAUGGUUAGGCUAUAUUAAUUCAAGUAUGAACCCUUGCGUCUAUUCUAUUUCGAAUCCUGAGUUUCGACAGUCGUUCAAAGAUAUUAUCCAUCAUAAACCAAGGUCGUGGGUGAUCUCAAGCGCUCGACGUAUAUCAUUACAAUACAGGAGCAAUGAAAGAACCACUGAGCAUGCCGAGGCCCGUUGUUGACAUAAGAAAAGAUCCCAUCUCUAUAACUAUAUGUAUUCUCAUGGAACUAUAUUGUAAGUCCGGGGGGGGGGCACUUACAGUGACGAGUGGAUACCACGUGCGACCCCCAAAACACGUAAAAAGGAUGUCUUUUUC